AUUUUGCUUUGUUAAUAACAGGGCGUCUUUUCCGUCUGCUGCGUAACCCUGACGCCUCUCCAGCGUUUCCCAUAUAAACCCUUUCCCCGCCUUCGAUUUUCAUCCUAACAGACGCUCUCAGGUCUCAGCAUCUUCGAUCCUCAACUACAAUGGCUAUCAAUGAUCCUGAACACAGAGAGGAGGAGGAAGCCGCCGCCGAGGACGAAGACACCGGAGCGCAAGUUGCUCCGAUCGUCAGGCUUGAAGCUGUCGAGGUCAUUAACGGUGAAGAAGACGAGGAUGCAAUACUCGAUCUUAAGUCGAAGUUGUAUAGAUUCGACAAGGACGGGAAUCAGUGGAAAGAACGAGGCGCCGGAACCGUUAAGCUUCUAAAGCAUAAAGAAACUGGAAAAGUUCGUCUUGUUAUGCGUCAAUCAAAAACCCUAAAGAUCUGCGCCAAUCAUCUCGUUCUACCGACGACAUCGGUUCAAGAACACGCUGGCAAUGACAAGUCAUGCGUGUGGCAUGCUGCCGACUUUUCUGAUGGUGAACUUAAAGACGAACUUUUCUGCAUUAGAUUUGGAUCAGUUGAUAAUUGCAAAAAGUUCAUGGAAACAGUUGAAGAAGUGGCAGAGUCACAGCAUCCCGAGAAGGAGGAGAACAAAGAUGCCUCAGAUGCUGCUGGACUGCUGGAGAAUUUGACUGUUAAAGAUAAGACAGAAGAAGAAGGAAAAGAAGUCAAAGAGGCAUCUGCUGAUGCACCAAAGAAGGAGGAGAAAGAGCCUGAAAAGGCGGCAGAGUCAGAGGAUAAGAAGAAGGAAGAAUCUUCACCUGCUUCCUCAACUUAAGAUGUAGCCUUAUGAGAGGGUAAGUAUUCCUUCUUGAUCAAGUGUCCAGACAAAGAGAACUUUGAUGGGUGGUUUUAUAUUUGAAUUAGGUCUUUUGGGGUUUUGGUGAAAACAUUUGGUUUUGGUUUUGAUUUUGAUUUUGAUUUUGUCAUCAUAUUGCAUGUGUUUGUUUUGUGUCAUUGAUAUAGUUUGGUUUUGGUGGGUUUUUACGGAUGGUAUUAUUAGUGUACAUCUGUUUGAGGGAUAUGCUUGCAUGAGUUUGUGAUUUAAGUGUCGUAUAAAAACAUUUUAUCAUUUGUUACCUUGAUUUAAAACUUUUCAAUUUUGAUAUCUUUAAUCA